GUUUAGUACAGUUGUAAGAAUCAAAGGAAGUAGACAUUAGAUGUUUACCGUGAAGUGAUUGUGACUUGUGCUGAUUGGAUGUUCGUUUUUAAAAGAAAUUGGGAAGAUUCAAAAGAUGCUACUGUCGUCUUUCCUGGUUUUGUCAUUAGAGUGCUCCACAUUUGUGUUGGCUCUGCCACAGAUUAGAGAAGCAAGUUUCCGAAGAAUAAGAUCGCCAAAGACUUUAGAGCAGGAUCCAGUGGUGAUAGAACGUUUGAAAGUUCACUCUACGAUUUUGUAUCGCUACGCUACAACCACUGUUUCCAGCACAGUACACAACACGCAAAAUGUUCCAAGCCACGCCAAGUUUAGCGUAUUGUUACCCGAGACUGCCUUUAUCACUGGCUUUACAUUGGAAGUUGGUGGGAAAGUGUACAACUCUUUUGUAAAGGAACGGCAGAAAGCUCAUCACUUGUACCAGAAUGCCGUAGAGAACGGACUAACAGCUGGACAUCUUGCGGUAAGUGCGAGGGACUCCAGUCAUUUUCUGAUCUCCGUAAGUCUGGAAGCCAGGGGAAGAGCUACUUUCAAUCUAACUUACGAGGAGCUCUUGAGUCGUAAACUUGGACUGUACAAUCACGUCGUCAACCUACAUCCAGGGCAGAUAGUUCCUGAUUUGUCCGUGUCUGUACAUAUUUCUGAGAGCCACCAUUUAACAAAGCUUGCCGUUUUACCUUUUCACACGGGUGGUAAAAUAUUGGUGGACAACAAUGAAACAGUGUGGGAUCAAGUAUCAGUCGAAAAACUGGGCAAGAAGAAAGUAAACAUUCGAUUCUCGCCGUCGCAAGAUUUACAGUCUCUACUGGAGGUGGUAAAAGGCGAAGGAUUAGCCGGACAGCUUGUGAUUCGCUAUGAUGUCGACAACCGUUCACCUGGAGGGACAAUUUUGGUAAAUGAAGGAUAUUUCGUCCAUUUUGUAGCUCCAUCAGAUCUACCUCCGCUUCGUAAACAUGUUAUUUUCACUUUGGACGUCUCGGGCAGCAUGACUGGACGUAAGCUGCAGCAGUUGAAAGAAGCAAUGACACAAAUAUUGGACGAUCUUGACCCAACAGACUCAUUCAACAUCAUAGAAUUCUCCUAUGCUGUAACGGUUUGGAAUCUUGACUCCCUCUCGUCCAGUGCCGUGAUACAGCCAGAGCUUCAUUCCUCGGGGUUGUGGUGGUACAACAAAGCAGAACUUCCCCCAACUCCCUCCCCAUCUCCCACCCCACCAUCCCCACCCCUGGCUGUGCCACCCUACCCAGCCACCGAGGAGUAUAUUAGGAAAGCGAAGGACGUGGUGGAGAAAAUGACAGCUGGUGGAGGGACGAAUAUUCAUGGUGCGUUGAAGACAGCGAUGUUGGUAGCAGGAUCAAGUUUUAUUGACACUUCUGCCAACGAUACCAUGGCAAAUCCUGAACCAAUAGUUAUUUUCCUGACUGACGGAGAUCCGACAAUCGGUAUUACUGAUCCCAACAAGAUCUUGAAUAUGGUUAAGGAACUAAACAUGAAACAAAGUGCAAUCUUCAGUCUGUCAUUUGGCGACGGAGCUGAUCUGUCGUUUCUGCGGCGACUGUCGUUGUCAAACAACGGCUUUGCUCGUAACAUUUACGAAGCAUCGGACGCAGCUUUGCAGCUCCAAAACUUCUACAAGGAAGUCGCAUCUCCUCUGCUGGCGAAUGUUACAUUCUCGUACAUCCCCGGACAGGUUGUCAAAUCCACUCUGACCUCUCAACAUUUCCACACUUUAUUCUUGGGCAGCCAGUUGGUAGUAGCAGGCAAACUGGACAAGACGAACCGGUUAUCUGGUAGUAUAACUGGCCUUUCCACCAACGGCAGCACUGACUUUACGGCUCAGACUCUCACAGAACCAAUUGAUGAGCUUUCAGCUAAUCUCUACGGGCACAGAGAAAGUGUAGAAGAUAAUGAGGAUGAAAAUAAGGAGAAGAAGCGAAAGAAGAAGAAAAAGAAAGGUACAUUGGAGAGACUUUGGGCCUUUCUGACGAUUCAACAGCUUCUUGAGAAGAAACAAGUUUCAGACUCGGAAGACGUGAAAAAGAAAGUGCUCGAACUGGCACUAAAGUACAAUUUUGUUACACCAGUAACUUCGCUAGUUGUUGUCAAGCCAAACCAAUCCGUCGAAAUUGACCAGGAUUCACUUAAACCUCAAAACAUGAAGAACCGAAUCUACACAGGACUUCUCUUGCAGAACAAACGACCAACUCCUACGAAGUUUCAAAACGAAGAAACCAGUAGUUUCAUGGAUGAAACAACAACAAACAAACUCAUACAGUUGGAAGCUUGGAGGAAGAAGAAUCUCACAUUAGAAGAUCUUAGAUGGCUUGACGGAUUGAUCGAUCGAGAGAACGGAACAGUUACGCUGCCGUUGGGAGUUAACGGCACCUACCAACAGUACAGGCUAGGACUAGAUCAGGAGGAUUGGCCAAUGGGAGAGUGUACCAACCCCGUGGCAGGCUUCAGUCAUUGCCGUCAUCUGCCUCACUGCGUACUGCCUGACAUUGUAUACAGUGUUGCCAGCUACAUACGAUACUACUGUCCACUGCCUAAUGGCUACGCAGGUAUUUGCUGCCCAGACAACAAGUUUACCACUACGACAGAAAGAGUAGAAACAACAACAGGUGACACUGUUGCCACUACGAUAGAGAUAACCACAGAAGUCUGACUAGAUUAAGGUUUAUUUGCUUGUGUCUUGUGUAUAUUUGUAUCUAUUUUUUUAAUAAAACUAUUUUAGAAAGUUGA